AUGGAGGGUGACGACCAGAGCGAUCCGUUUCUCUGGGACGAGGAUCGCGUGGUGCAAGAGCUCUGCACCUCACACCGGUCAUGGAAAGCACCUCCGGCGAAGCGGCUGCCAGAUCCUGCCGCUCUCGAAGCAAGACUUCGUGAAUGCGGCGUCGAUGGCGAAUCGCUUCUAACCUACGGAGACGAGUUCGGCUUCGACCAACUGUGGCGAUAUUUAGGCGUUAAGAAACUGCCUCACCAACUCUCUUUGAAGGACGCCGUUUCUCAGUUGCGAAGGCACAGCCCAAAGUACAGGGCAUGGAAAUCUCAACAGCUGGCCAGCAGCCAGCUAUGCGACGAAGAUGAUGGUGGCUCGGCAAUCAAAUCCGAGUUCCAGAAGCUCACUGGCCUUGAGCAUGUCGGUCAAGCCGCCGCUGUCAGUGGCCCGAUUCCAGGUGCAAACGACGCCGAGCCCAGCGCAGCCUUGCCGGACUCGACAAAGUCGUGCCCGGGUGUUCUGUCUCCCGCACAGUCACCUUCUGCCGACCGCGACCUGCCUCCUCUUCCCGGCGCAUCAGGAACCUUGAGCCCUGACCAGGAGGUUGUGGAAGGGCCUCCAAGCAAAAAGAGACGGAUCGCGCCAACAACACUCUCCACUGAACCCACGGAUAACGACGCGAUCAGAAUCAUCCCCACAGAAGGCGAUGUACCUCUCAAGGGCACAGUGGAAGCCUUGCUGCAGGCCAACAAUCAGGCUGGUUUCUUAGGCGCAAGUAUUCUGCGGCUUGAUGAGCUCACAAAUCCUCACACUAUCGAUCACAAGGAUGCUUCUGAACGCGAGUUUGCUUGGAUGCAGAGGAAAAUUCCCCCGGGGCGUCGCAUUCAGGUCUCAGCAGCUAUGAAGCGGUUCUUACGAUCGACCCGCGUCGACUCAUUCCACGGCUCCGGCGCUAACACGGAGGAAGACCAGGCCGACCCGACUUUGCCCUUAUUCGGGGACUCAGACGGCGAGAGCAUGGACUCCCAAACUUGGCAGGAGUACUUAGAGGAAGAGGAGGAGCGCGCAGCCAUGGAAGCGCGCAAGAACGCCACCAAGAACCGGACGCUCAGCAAGGACGAGGUGGCCAGGGUUAUCGACAGUGCAAUUCAAGACCUGGAGGCUCAGUGGGCAGCAGAAAAGAAGCCCAAAUAUGACCUCAAGGCCUGGAAGAUAUGGCAGGAUGCCCGCCGCAAUCCCAAUCGCCUGGCUCUCAUCAGCUCGACAACGCGCACGUGGCAGCACCUUCAGAGUCGGAUCGCAAUUCUAACAAGACACAUCAUGGAUGAGCCGUGGUCAGUUGAUGAGGACGUCCACCAGAAAGCUUCAGGCUUCCUGGAAGUGACAGUUUUUGAGAAGAAGUACCAGAGCUGGCUCAUCGAUGUUCUCCGAAGCCCGAAACAGCCGCCGAAGCCAUCAAGACUUCCGUGCCGGACCCCUCGCCAGACGAAACCAACGAUUCUCGAUGAUGACGAGGAGAUUUUGACAAGUGACUCGGACGACAUGGACGCCUUCAUUGAGUAUGACGAAGAGGCCGUUCAGCUUGUCCAAGAUGAAAUGGACAUUGUCUCUGAAUCAGCCUCGGAACGGACUCCCGCUCCGGCUAGCACCGAUCACGAUGACUUGGCUAUGCACGACAACGGAGACGAUGCCAGUCUGCCUUCAGCAAUUGCAGCACCUUCUGCCAAGCAAAUGGAGUGUGACCCGCCUCUCACGCAGCUCACGCCUCGAAAAAUCAAAGCCGAGAAAGCCUUGGCACCACUGACUACCCUCCAGAGUGGUUCUCGGGCUCCCGAGGUCAUCGAGAUUGAUUCGUCCCCUUCACCAUUCAACCCACUCAGUCAAGUCCCCUCCCUCCGUGACCUCGAAAGCCUCGAGAAGAUUGGGGAAAUUGGCGUUGACUACUGGGAAAAGGUUGGGGACGCCGAGCGGCUUGUGGUGGCCGUGCUGUGCGAGUGGUCUCGCGGACAGCGAGACAGGCUCUAUGACGCGGUCAAGAACCAUGACCACAGCGACCUGUGGACAGAGUAUAUGGAGCCCGCCCUGCAAAAUCCCACAUCAGUCACCGUCGACACGGUUGCAUUUCUCAUCUGCCGUCUGUUCGAUGUUUUCGUCAGCAAGACAGCCAAAAGGGCGAACCAGCAAAAGCUGAGGAACAAUACAUGCCAUCGCAUGAAGCGUGAAGGUGACCAGUUUGCUAGCUUCUACACCCUUCUCAGGAGAAUCAUUCCGAUCUUUUUGGAAAUGCCCCAGACGCCAACUCGAAUUGUGCUCAAGGCCCCCAGGAAGGAUAGCUCGGCCGCACGAGAGAUGGCCGAGAUUUCAGAACCUGCACAUGACGCCAGCGCCUCAGAGGAGUCCUCAUCGGAUGGCGCGCCUACAGCGCCGACUAAGAAGCGGCGGAGACGUAAACUACGCGAUGAAAACGCAGCAAAAAUUCGAAUUGACACCAAAAAGAUCACUGAAGAGCAUGCCCGGCGCGCCGACCAGCUGCGCACAAGGAUCCGCGAACAGGGAUCGGUGAGCUCGAAACAGUCACGCCUCAUCGUCAACGAGACGAAGGAAUCUGAGGAUCAGGCAUUGAUCUACAUCAACAACCACAUCGGCAGCAAAAUCAAGGAUCACCAAAUUGAGGGCGUCCGUUUCAUGUGGAACCAGGUGGUCGUCGAUUCCAGUGUCCGCCAGGGCUGUCUGCUCGCGCACACCAUGGGUCUCGGCAAGACGAUGCAAGUUAUCACACUCCUGGUGGUCAUUGCCGAGUCGUCUGCGUCGCAGGACGAGUCUGUUCGCUCGCAAAUUCCCGAGAGUCUGCGGGAAUCCAAGACGCUGAUCCUAUGUCCCCCGAGUCUCGUGGACAACUGGCUUGAAGAGUUAGAGAUGUGGGCACCCGGAGGGGUGCUUGGCCCGGUUUGGAGGUUGGAUAGCUCAAAGCCGCUCUCGGAGCGUUUUCAGACAAUUCGAGAUUGGGCAUCGUCUGGUGGAGUGCUGGUCGCUGGCUACGCAUUGUUCACCAGCCUCGUCUCCGCCGACGACGAAAUUGCCAAGCUGCUGAUGGAGACACCCAAUUUGGUCAUUGGCGAUGAGGCACAUUAUAUGAAGAAUCCGGACUCUCAAAGGCAUCAGGCCACAGCGAACUUCCGCACGAUGAGCCGCAUUGCCAUGACCGGGUCGCCUCUGACCAACAACGUCAUGGAUUACUAUUCCAUGAUCAACUGGGUUGCACCCAACUAUCUUGCCGACAUCGCCGAGUUCCGACAGAGGUUCUCCAACCCGAUCAAGGAGGGUCUCUACGCCGAUAGCGACCCAUAUGAGAAACGGAGGGCCCGGAAGUUGCUGCAUGUCCUGAAGGGAACGGUGGACCCCAAGGUGCACCGGAGGGACAUUGAUGUUCUCUACAACGAGCUUCCAAAGAAGAAAGAGUUCAUUCUUACGCUGCCUCUGACUAAGCAGCAGAUGCGGCUGUACCGGAGAUAUCUCGAGUUCGUGACCAGGGAGCAGAUCACUGGCAGCGCGAAGGCUUGGAGUCUGGUGGCCAAACUUCGACUUGUUCUGGCCCAUCCUUUCAUCUUCAAAACCUACGCUGAAGAACAGAAAGAGAAGGCGAAGCGAGGCGGCAACAAGUCCCAGCGCACAGUUUCGGCAGAGGGGCAAAAGCUCGAAGAGAUCGACGAGGAUGUGUUGCCUCAGGAUGCCAUUCACGAGCUGCUUGCCACGGUUGCCAUCCGCGAGAUUGAGAGCUAUGAUCUCUCCAACAAGAUUGUCCUGCUUCUCAAGAUUCUGGAGGAAUGCCGGAAAGCCCGUGACAAGGUGCUGGUCUUCUCGCAGAGCACGCUCACGCUCGACUACAUCGAGAACAUCUGCAAGAGGCAGAAAUACGUAUACCAGCGCCUGGACGGCAACACUCGAAUGGCAACACGCCAGAACGCGGUCAAGAAAUUCAAUACCGACGCCGAGUCAGAGGUCUACUUGAUCUCUACUACCGCAGGCGGCCUCGGACUCAACAUCUAUGGGGCCAACCGAGUGGUCAUUUUCGACUUCAGGUACACGCCGGCUGACGAAAAGCAGGCCAUUGGUCGGGCAUACCGACUCGGGCAAACAAAGCCGGUGUAUGUCUACUGGUUGACGAUUGGCGGCACCUUCGAGGAGACCAUCCACAACCAAGCCGUUUUCAAGACUCAAUUGGCGUCUCGGGUGGUGGACAAGAAGAACCCGGACCCAUGGUCAAAACGCAUGGCCGAAUACUUCGCACCGCCCAGAUUCAUUGAUCAGGAAGACCUGGAUGGGGCGCGAGGCCAAGAUGGGGUUCUCGAUGCCCUUCUCGGGAGCGAGGAUAUUCGUCAGCGCAUCCGGAAGAUCACGUCGACUGAGACAUUUGAGAAGGAAGAGACCUUCGAACUGACGGCAGAGGAUCAAAAGGAAGUCGACGAAGACGUUCAGCUUGAACUGCUCCGGUCCCAGAACCCAGAGGAGUUCAAACGUCGGGAGCGCGAAAGGGCAUUUCCACCGAGACCCACGUUCGCAAUGCCGCCGCCGGCGCCGGGGUUCUAUCAACCGCACUCCACGGAUGGUGAGUCUCAAGCAGCACCUCAAUGCAUAGCCAGCCGCAGCAAUAUGAUUGUGAGGAUCAAGGUGCCGGAGCAUUUGAGGGAGAAACGCAAACCGGAGUCAUCAGUUUCUGCCGUGGUUGCCGGGACAGCGUCCGCUCCCUGCGCACCGUUGCCGGCACAGCCAGAUGACGACCAUUCUCACCAGCAAGUACUGACUCUCACUUCUGAUGCAGCGUUAGUCAGCCCUCCCGUCCCAUUCGCGCACCAGACGACGAGCGUCACGAUCCCAGCAGCUACUCAAUCCCCGCCGGUUCAGGGCCAACCAACCAUUUCGCAAGCCAGCCCAGCACAGAUUCAGAGUCCGAACAACGAUGCGAUUCCAGGGUUAGCGUUGAUUCCAGGGCUCAGCCCGGAAGUUCCACAACCCAUACUUGCCACCGGGUCGCAUUUUAAGGGAACUCAAACCCCGGCGCCUUCAGCAUUACUGAACGUCUCCCCGAUCCUGGGCAGCCCGGGCACAUCAUCUCCCGCAGCCGACGAGGGAUUCGAGUUCGACUUUCCGGAGCUGGUGGCCAUUCACCGCAAACUAGACCGCCAUGUGCGGCACCACCCCGGCGAGUUGGUCAAGAAGGUGGAAGAAGAGUUAAACAGGAACAAGGUCGAGAAGCUUCCGCGGCUGGACAAAAUUCAGAACCUGAAGGAGUUCUCUCGCAAUCCGAGGUUCGCUGAGGCAAUGCUUGCGGGGUAUAUGGAACCCGCGCAGCUUGCAGCUCUGACGAGGACGGAGAUGGAGAAGAUAUCUGCCGCACUGGAUGGCAUGGCCAAGGAGGAGUUCAAGCAGCAUGUUUGGACAGCCAAGGCCGAUCUGAACGUAUGCACCACCGACACCAAAGCGCACCAGAAGUCACAGUGA